AUGACGUACACUAUGAAGAUGGAAAUAUAUGCUGGUAAACAACCAGCAGGUCCAUAUUGUUUGAGCAAUAAACCAACUGAUGUAGUGAGACGAAUGGUUGAACCAAUUGUUGGAACAGGUCGGAACAUAACAGCCGACAAUUGGUUCACUGAUGUUGACUUGGUUGAUGAACUGAGAAAAAAGAAACUGUCCUACGUUGGCACUUUGAGAAAAAAUAAAUCAGCGUUGCCACCAGAUUUUGUGAAUGUGAAAGGAAGAAAACAAUAUAGCAGUAUGUUUGCAUUCAAUGAUGGCAAAGUUCUGCGGAAGAAGCCUGAGAUUGUAACUUUUUAUAAUCAGACAAAAAGUGGUGUCGAUACUGCAGAUCAAAUGUGCAUGACAUACAGUGUAAGCCGGAACACCAAGCGCUGGCCAAUGGUCAUUUUUUUUGCAAUGCUGAAUGUGGGUGGUAUCAAUUCACAAGUUAUCUACAUGUGCAAUGAACUACAACCCCUGCGCAGAAGAAUGUAUCUGAAAAAACUGGCGAAUGAACUGGUUUAUGGAGAGCUACAGAGAAGAAGUAUGAAGACAACUGGAAUUCCCAGCAGCCUACAAGUUCGUCUGAAGAGAUAUCGCCCCAGUGCUGAUGAUGAUCGAGAGAAGUCGCCCACGCAAGAACCUCCCAAGAGGCGUAAAUGCAUCACUUGUGCUGCGGAAACUGGCCACAGAAGGCUGUCGAAUUACGAAUGUCAUGAUUGCCAUGAGGCGAUUUGCCUAUCUCAUGCCAAUAUGGUAUGCCAAGGCUGCACUGCAACCCGCCAACAAAUUGUUGAAUCAGAGAGUGAAUCUGACUAAAAAAAUA